AUGGGACGGGGCCAUUCGCACUCUCCGACGCCCCCUGGACGAGCACGGAACAACAAGAGCAGCGGCCUGCGGCGACGGCAGGGGAGGCUGGAGAGAAACCCAGCGCCGCCUAGGGGCGCUGCCGACCGCUCCUCUUGGCAGUCUGCUCCUCGCCACGUCCGACUCAUCGAAAACUCGUCGCAGAGCGCGGAUGGCUUCGUCCCGGUCCUGCAGCUUCUGCUCCAUCUGGCCACCUCUUUGCGCCCUCGUAGAUUCCUUCCUUCUCUCCUCCUCUCUCUUACUUCCGUCCCGGCAGCCUCAAAAUGUCCCUCCGCGCCCUGGCAGACCCAGCGACAAGCAGGCGAAGAGCAACUAGAACGACGGAUGAAAAACUCGAGCAAGCUCUUCCUCUUAAUCCUAGCCUCACCAGGAUCACAGGCCACCUAUGAUUCUUUUAUACCUUUAAAUUCUUUUGAGAAAUCAAAAAUCAGUGAUAUUGUUUAUGGUGAACUAAAGAAUAGAAAAUCUGCAAUUUCUUGUUUGUCUUUUUUGCUGUUUUCGGGCCUUCGCCAACGCACGAGGUUCACGUUGGAUAGCAGAGCUCCCGCUGCCCGUGCUGGGAACGUGCGGCCCGACGGGGAUUUCCACAGCGGCAGGAGCUACAAAAGGCGCCUCAGCGGCGGCUUUGCAAGCAUCAGUCGCUCGCAGCCCUCAACACCCACAGCGCCUCUCCACACGCCGCACACUACCAUGAAGGCCGCCAUGUUGCUGUUGCCACUGCUGGCCCUCGCGUGCUUCGCGCACGCGCUGCCCGUGAAACCAGACGUGCUCUCUUCCGCGGACGACGUGCACGCGAACGGCGCGGCGGAGCCACACGUGGUGGAGGCGGACGCGGAUUCGCUCCGCGCGGUGGACACCCCGGCGUCUGACAAGUUGGUGCGCGAUCGCCGCUCCCCCUUCCAGCCGCGCCCUCAGCCUCAGGGGCAGGGCCAGGGGCAGGGCCAGGGCCAGGGGCAGGUCCAGGGCCAGGGGCAGGAGGGGAGGGGCACGGUGUCGGGGGGCGUGCACCGGGAGCGCGGCGUGGGCACGGUGGUGCACGCGCAGGGCGAGGGCACCGUCUGGCGCAGCAGGGACGGCCGCACCAGCGUCGACGCGCACGGCCAGUACGAGCGCGUGGUGCGCGGCCCGGCCAGGGGCCGCCCCAACUACAACGUGGGCGUGCGCUUCCAGCACCGCAUCUGA